AUGGCGGCGGGCGGGAGCGCGGAUGCAGGAGGAAGUACAGCGUGCAAAAGACCGGUCUCUUUCGCGCGCUUUCCAGUCUGCGCGGAUUUUUUCAAAGCGUCCUCGUCUCAGGCAACAGAAAUCUCCGCCGUCACAACCAGCUUUGAAUCCCGGGAUCUCACCUCUGCGAUGCACGACACAAGGCUGCAGGAACGAGCCGUCCGGCGCAGCACCGGUGUUCUCUUGUCAGGAAUCCACGAGCAGUGGGAGCAGGAGAGAGCGAGGCACAAGGAAGAGCUUGCUGCAUUGUUUGCGAGGCAGCUGCAGGAGCUACGGGGUGAGAUGGAGGGGAUGUUGGAGAAGGCGGUGGAGAAGGCAGCAGGAAAGGCGGAGAGGGAACAGGAGAUGCGAGACGUGGUGCUGGCAAAGAGGCUGGAGAAAGCAGAGGGAGCAGGAGAAGCAACAGCUCGAGUGGGAACACAAGAGAAGCUUCAAUUGGACUCACGCUUCAAGACGGAUCACGAACAGCUCCAGGCAACAGUUCAUCGACAGGUUGAGCAUAUGGCGAUGUUAUCAGAGCACAAAAAAUCCAAGGUGCGUUGUCGGCAACUCACCACGGUCGAGAGCCUCGUCCCCAGUGAGGUGUGCCCGUCAGAUCAUGGAUGCUCUGGGAUCGUAGGUCUCGCGCAUACCAUCGAGGGCCUCUGCAACCUAAUAAAACCCACCAAAGCGUUCGAUAAAAUAGUGGCAGCAGGAUGUAAGGACAAGGAGCGGCUCGCCACCGCCAAGGGCCUCUUCACAGGGUCCACAAGUGACAAGGUCCUUGCCCUCCGUCUGCUUAAAUCACCUGCUGGAUAUCUCGUCGUGCGGCGCUUUGCUCCUCUGCGAAGGAAGGCGCCAGUCGAUCGUGAGCUCGAGGGGAUCCAGCCCGCCGGUGAUCGCCUUCAUUCACAGACCAGAGACGGAAUUCUCCUACUGGUUUUCUUUGUCUGUGACUAUGACUGA